AUGGAGGCUGAGUCUAUGGAUCACAUUUUCCUUCAAUGCUCCUUCGCAGAGGAAUUAUGGCUGUUCUUCAGUGGCUGUUUCAAUGUGGUUUGGAAGAAAUUGGAUUCCAUGGCUGAUUUUCUUCAAUGGUGGAAAAGGAAGCUUAAAAUUGUUUGCUGCAAAGAGGUGUGGGCUCUGGGGUUAAUUACUGUGGCUGACCACAUUUGGCGUGAAAGAAAUAAUAGAAGGCAUGAAGGCAAGGUCAGGCCAAUAAACUUCAUCAAGCAAAUGAUUCUUGAGGAUAUUAAAUCCUCCAAACCUAGCACCAAAGGAGAUGUGAAAAUUGCCGUUGAUGUUAUUUGCUGCAGGAAGCUUGGCUUAUUGAUUCAGAAUAAGCCAACUCUGCCCAUCUUAGAGGUUUAUUGGCGCAGGCCUCAGGUAAACUGGAUCAAAUUGAACUUUGAUGGAAGCUCUAUGGGUAAUCCUGGUCGAGCAGGAGCUAGUGGGAUCUUUCGCAAUCAUAUGGGAGCUGUUAUGGACUCCUAUAAAAUUUUUAUAGGGGUCUCAAAGGUCUUCCAGGCGGAGGUGGAAGGGCUAAUGGUGGGUCUGAUGCGUGCUCGAGAAAUGGGAAUUACUCGCUUAUGGGUGGAGACGGAUUCCAGUGCAGUUGCGAUAUCCUUCGAGAAAAAGAAAACCCAUGGCGAUGGCAGCAUCUGGUGCCCCCUUUCUUUUGAGGCUCUACUCUGUGCUAGGCGGUUGGGAAUUUCCAGGAUUCAAUAUAAGCCCAAGGAGAUUAUAGAAGUCUUCUGGUGUCCUCCUCCACCAGGGUGGGUCAUGCUUAACUCUAAUGGUUGCUCUCUGGUGAAUCCAGGAAAGGCAGGGGCUGGUGGCAUCCUCCGUAAUGUUAUGGCUGAGAGGUGGAUGAGUUUAGCCCUUUACCUUCAGUCUCUGACUUGGAAGAUUACCCAUUGCCUUCGAGAAGCUAAUCCGGUUGUGGACUUCCUUGCAAAGUCGGCGGCAAAAUUUGAAGUAUCCACUCCUAUUGUAUCUGGCCAGCGUUAA